AUGAGAGUGUCUAGGGGAGGAGCAUAUCUCCCGAUCGAACUUACCCUGCUUUUGGCCGAAUAUCUUAUGCCUGUUGAUCUGCUGUCUCUUUUAUGUGCGGCCCCCGCGCUCGCACGACUCUUAACUAUUCAGCAUACCACGAUCCAUGACGAAGGAGGGAGGUCGAUCCUACAUCUACUCGCGAGGGAAGGGGAGGGCGAAUUGAUUGAGCUGCUGCUCGCAAACGCCGGUAUCCCGACAGACCCGAAGGAUAACUGCGAUCGGACGCCGUUAUCUUAUGCGGCUGGGGGUGGAUAUGAAAUGGUGGUCAGGCUGCUGCUGGACCGACAAGAGGUCGAAGCGGACUCGAAGGAUAACGAUGGAUUGACUCCGUUAUCCCAUGCGGCUGGAGGUGGACAUGAAGCAGUGGCCAGGCUACUGCUGGACCGACAAGAUGUUGAGGCGGACUCAAAGGAUAACUUGGGUCGGACACCGUUAUUAUAUGCGGCCUGGCGCGGACACGAGGCGACGGUCAGGCUACUGCUGGACCGAGAAGAUGUCGAGGCGGACUCGAAAGCUAAUUGGGGCCAGACACCGUUGUCCUUUGCGGCUGGAGGCGGACAUGAAGCAGUGGUCAGGCUACUGCUGGACCGACAAGAUGUUGAGGCAGACUCGAAGGAUAACUUGGGUCGGACACCGUUAUUAUAUGCGGCCUGGCGCGGACACGAGGCGACGGUCAGGCUACUGCUGGACCGAGAAGAUGUCGAGGCGGACUCGAAAGCUAACUGGGGUCGGACACCGUUGUCCUGUGCGGAUGAAUGUGGACAUGAAGCAGUAGUCAGGCUACUGCUGGACCGAAAAGAUGUCGAGACGGACUAUUGA